AUGUCGAUGAAAAAAUACGAGAUCAUUGUGAAUAACAACACAUUCAAAUUGGAAUAUGAGCCUAAAUUUCCUUCAGAAAAAAUCAGUGACGUUGUUCAAUUCCUAAAUUAACAAAAAGGAUUUCCUGCGAAAGCGAAAUUGUAUAUCUCUGUUGACAAUCAUAUCAGAGAUCUAAACUAUGACUUAAAUUCAGUCAAAAAUAAUGUGAUAGAGAUCAAUUUUUCAGAUGUAAUAGAAAACUUCUCUAUAUAACACAUUGAUAAGGAUGAAAAAUAUAAGCUUAUAUUGGAUAAAGUGGAUAUAUGUAAGUAAUUAAUAGAAAUCGAAAAAAAAAUUGCAAAUUCAAUAAAAAGUGAAGAAUACCCAAUUAAAAUUCUAAAGAAAAAAAAAAUUUUAGACAGAAAUCUAUUCCUCUGCCAAAUAUUCUUUUAUUAAUAAGAAAUAUUCUAUUUUGUUUAGGCGAUUUUUUAUAUUAGAUAUAAUGAUAAACUAUAAUUGUUUUAGAUUGAUGCUUUUUCGCAUUUCGAUAAAAUAAAGUAGAAGAUUAGACAAAAGCUUGGUAUUGAAGAGGAAAUAGAAUUAUAUUUCAGAGGUCAAUAAUUGGAAGAUGAACGGACAUAUUUUUACUACAACAUUCAUUAGAAUGCAGAAUUGGAAUUAAAAAUGAAGAACAUGCAAAGGAUUUAAAUUUCGUAUUAGAACAAAAUAUAUAAAUUUAAUGUUUCUGUUAAUAUGACUAUAGAGUAGUUAGCUAAAUACUACAAGUAACUUGAGUAAAUUCAUUAAAAUCAAAUUUUAUAAGUCCAUCAUCUUAACAAACUGUUAGAAAAUAACACCAAAAUUGGAAACCUAGAUUUAUCAGAUAAUGCUGAAUUUAAGAUAACAAAUAAAAUUUAAGAAAGGGCUAUGGUAAUAAAAUUUGUAAGUAAAUUGUAAGAGCAAGUUCAUUUUUAAAAAUAGGUAUCCAAUUUAGAUUUUUUUUCAACCAUUUUGGAGUCUUAAAUUUUUAAAGGGAAGGUAUUCUAAUUCUAUGUUAAUGGUAAUAUACUCGAAAUCACUGAUGGAUUAAUUUUUAAUAGUAUCAAAUUUAAAGAAAAUGAGUAUUUGAUUUAGUAUUAGAUGAUAUAGAAUUUUGAAUACCUUAACGUCACCUUCAAAGACGAAGAAGGGAAAACGUUUACAAAGCAGGUGAAAUCGGAAGAUACCAUCAAUACUGAAUUAGAGAUGAAUAUUAAGUAUGAUAAUUUGAGAAUAAAAGCGUAUAAGAAAGGCUAAUUGAUUGAUUUGAAUGGCACAUAUAGGUCAGAAGGGAUCUAAGAUGGGGAUAUUAUUGAAUAUUGUUUGUCAGACAUGGUAAUAUAAUUGUAGAUUUGGUAUCAAAAUCAGAGAUAAAUAUAAGAAAUAUGCAUUCAUUAUCUGGACACAGUGAAGGAACUAAAAGAGAAAGUGAUAAACUAAUUUAAGAUUACAUAUGAAUGCAAAAUAAUACUAGAUGGAUAUGAUUUACAGGAUUAUGAAUACAUCAAGAAUUAUAGAAAUAAUGUAGUGUUUACAGUAAGUAAGGCGUUUUACUUUAAAAUCGAAUUAUUGUUGGAUAACAAUAUAGAACAAUCAGAAUCCAGAUUCUAUGAGACAGAAAAAGUGAAAGAACUGAAGUCUCAAUACACAGAGUUAUUCUAGGAUGAUGUUUGUGUUGAUGUCGACGACAAUGAAGAUAUAAAGGAUGAGGAGGAAUUGUCAGCAUUUAUUGGUAAGGUGCUUAGGAUUUCAAAAAGGAAUGUGAAUGUCAAAUAUAAAUUCUAAGGCCAUUAAAGUGUCUAUGAGGAUAAAUUUUAUAAGAAAGACACAUUGGGAAUGAUGCUGAAAAAAAUAGCAAAAGGAAAUUCAAGAUGUUAUAUAGCCAAUAACUUAAUGGAUCCAACUAUUAAGUUAAUCAAUCUAAACUUAGACCCAAAUACAGUUAUUACUAUAGAAUGUACUAGUAGAGCAUAAUUGUUUGAAUUCAAUAACAAUCAAAACAGGGUGGAUAUAGAAUUCUAUCCUGAAGAAAUCAUUAGUAAUACAAUUAAGACUCAUAUCAAGGGGAAGUUUGUAAUUUAUGAGGGCAAUCGUGAGAUAAACAUUUAAAACUCAUUUCGAGAUGAAUAGAUUUAAAAUACUGCUUAACUUUACUAUAUUUUAUUAGUGACCAUUAAAUUUAUGAGCUAUGAAGCAAAGGAAGUGUAGUAUUAAAAAACUUGCAGAGUGGACAAGAAAAUCAGUUAGAUUCUUAGCCCGAAUCAUCCAAACAAGAUAAGAGUGUAUUAUUUAGAGAAAGAAAUCAAUUAGGACAGUACAUUGGCAGAAGUAGGAGUGCCAGAUUUUUCAGAAUUAUAAAUCGAAGAGUUAGAGAGUACAUUGAUAUUGCAUAUCGAUAAUAAGAUUAGAACUUUAUCUAUUGAUAAGGAUAUGACUGUUUAACUUCUCAAGGAACACCUGAAUCUGAAUCAAGAGAAUUAUUAUCUUUAUUAAUUAAUAGAUUAGGCAUAAGCGUUAUCCAAUGAUGUCGUUUUGAAAUCUUUACAUAAUAUUAACAAUGAGAUUGAACUAAUAUACAAAACGGGCAAUAAUUUGAUCAAAAUUAUUCUGGUAGAUUCGGAUGACAAGGAGUACACUGAAUAUGUGAAGUUGAAUCAAUAAGUUAAGACAUUCUUACAGGAAUUUGAAUUAAAAUAUAAUUUGAAAGAUGCAGAAUUGUUCUAUGAAGGUGAAACAAUAAAUCCAGAUAAGUGUUUCUCAGACAUCUAGAUUGCUUAAAAUGGAAAAUUUGAAAUCUUUUUUUGA